AUGGCGACAUUAGUACAGAAUGAUAGUGAACAGAGACAAUCUGCUGUUGGUCUUUUGUUCAUCUUUGGAGAUAUUAUUUCCAAUCCGCAGCGCGAUGAAGUUGUUGUUUAUCUGAAAAAGGCCUUAAAACAAAUCAAUUCUACUAAACUUAGUCAAAUAGAAGAUGUUUUUAACAAUUUAAUUUCUAAUGAUGAUUUUCAAGGAGAUUCUCAAUAUCGUCAAAUAGUGAAUUCGGAGAGUGGCUCAAUUGCUGGAUUUCUUUAUUUACCAAAUUUUCAUACAGUAAUAAAUGUACUCAAAGAUUAUUUCAAUUCUUGUUCUCAUGUUUCUCUCAUCUUUUCUGGUCAACAACUCGAUUCAAAUGGUGGUUUGUUUUUAGCGGAUUCGGUGUUUACGUCGGAUCAUUUGCAGAAUUUAUUCGAAGAGAAUGCAACAUUUGUGGUUCAAGAUCUGCAAAUUGUCUUACCAUAUGUUUCUUCUUCGUGGACGCGAUUAUUAAAACAAAAACAUAUAAAGAAUGUUCAAAUUGAUGAUGUAUCGAGAGAAAAUAAUGAAGAAAAGAUAUUCGGAGAACGAUUUUACGAACGGUUGGUUCAAGUGUUAACUAAAGACACGAUUAAUUUUGAUAUCUAUUCAAAACUAAGGCCACGUGAUAGUUCAGGAACAAUUGCUUUCGAUGAACCUAAUCUUUAUAUUCUAUAUGGACAACAAGGAGAAGCAUCUUUAUUUGGCAUUCGAGGCUUUGUCGUGUUGGUCAACGGAGGAUUUAGUCGAACGCCGUCCUACUGGAAUUUACUUCGCGGUCUACAGAACGUCGAUGCCUGUGUAUUAACACAUUUUGACUAUGACGUUCUACCCGGUUUACAAACAAUUCUUCAUCGCAAAACAUUAACAACAUUACAUGAUGGUCGUAUAUGUAAACCAGAUUUCGGCGCGAUAUUUCUCAACCAUGUUCAACGUGCAAAGGUUCAAUCCGUUAAUUCAUCGAAAAAUUCUCCUAACAGUAAAUUAUUAGUCAAUAUUUCGCAUAAUAUCGAUCAAGUAUUAAAUGACAUCAAACAAUUGAAUAUCGACACGUAUGAUUUAGUUAAACACACAGCACCAAAUAAACCUAGUAUCGAACCAAUUAAUCUUUACAAAAAAAUUGCCUUUGGAUCACUUGAUCUCUACGUACUCUAUCCAACAUCAUCAGCAGCAGAAGAUGAUAAAGCCUUGGCUAAUCUACAGAAAAUGCCAAUUCGUGAUCAACAACCAUCACCUGCUUUGAUUCCCCUUCAUCAUUGGUAUUCAUCAUGUACUCUUCUUGUUUGGACGCCAACAUCGAAAUCUAGCAAAGAUACACUUGUUCGUAUUUUGUACACCGGUGUAUGCCCGCAAACACUUGUCUUCGAAGCAUUGGCGAGAGGUCGUCAUCUCGAAUUCUUACAUGAAUCUCAAAUAACUCGCAUAAGUAGUAAUGCUAAACCAACUGGAUCAACAAAUACAAGUGCAAGUAGUAAACAUGUAGUACAGAAACCGAAGCCAACAUCUGCAGUACCAAACGGGGAACCAGCUAAAAAUCCAUCUCGACCGGCUACCACUAAACCGAAGUCAACAACAACAACAACAACAACGGCGGUGGCAGGAAAACUGGAUAAACCUCGAUCGGCGCCGACGACAACAACAACUACAGGAAGAAAGAGUACUAUACCAACAACAGGAAGGUCUACUCAAGUAAAUAAUAAAGAAAAACAGGCGACAAAUUCCACCGAGCCUACAGCACAAAAUAAUCCUCUUGAGCAAAAAUCCGAAGAUCAGCAGAACGAGGAGCCAAAACCAGUCGAUGGUGAUAAUUUAGCUCAACAUCGUCCUGAAUCCUUAUCAUUCACUAAUGAUAUCAAUGAAACCUUUGUCGAAAGUAACAGUGCAACGCCUAUGGAUGAAUCAGUAACACAUUUAAUUGCGACUGAUCCCAUGACAACAAGCUUCGUUGAUGGUGCACCGAACACGCGAAAUCCAUUUCUUGAACAAAACGAGAAUGUGGAAAUCAUUCAUCAUUCAACGUCAGGAUCAACAAAACUACCAAUGCCAUCGAUUGAGGAAAUCAAUCCACAAAAUUUACCCAUUGACGAUGAAAAUCAAUCAAAGAAAGUUGCAGCAAAAAAAACGAUUGCUUCAACUAGUUCAACUGCAACAUAUUCUCGCAAAUCUAAACAAAACCAACUAUCCGGUCCGAUAUUCUAUGUUGAUGUGGCAUAUAUACCCAAUCAUGGUAACGAACAUUAUGUUGACAGUGAAUUCUUUCGUCGUAUUCGCGCACGUUAUUACGUAUUAAAUGCCGUAGAAAUCAGUCGAUUAACAUUAGAAUCUCUUAUUGAAGGCAAACAACAAUGGGAUAAACAAGAGCAAAUACCUGUAACGCUUGUUCCAACAUUUGACGGUGAUCAACUCCGACAAUUCUUUGUGAUGAAUAAAGCACGUUUAGCAGAACUUAAUAUAAACAUUCUUCCAGCUUCAACUCGGUGUAAUGUGCAAUAUGAUGAUGAAGGAUCACCAGCACAACGGUUACGUUUCAGUCAAGAACAAUAA